CUUACUUGAUUGCCUUUUCAUUGAUCAAUUGUGUACAGGAAUUAUUUAUGGACAAAAAUGGCACUGCAGGACUGGCUGAGGAGAGUGGUGAUCCUCAGGCAUCUGUCCAACCGAUGACUCCUCUCAAGCUAGCUGAGCAUCCUCAAGAGAGGACAAAUUCAGAAACCAUGGUUGAUGUUGUUAACGAUGCUGAUGUCAUGGACUAUGCUCAGGCACCUUGCACUCCUGGAUUGGUGGAAGAGCCUAAUUUGUCCAAUGUCCAAGAGGCUUCAGCAUGCGAUGACCAUCUGGAGGGGGAAGAUCAUUUAAUGGAAUCUGCUGUGAAAGAAAAUACUAAAAGUGUUACUUCUGAGGGUAAACAAGAGGCAGAUUGGUUGUCGCGAGAUGAUGUAAAUUCUAAUGCUAAUCGUUGGAUGGUGCCUGAUGAGAAUGGGUAUCAUUCGGGUAGCCUGGAAAUUGAUUUAAUAAAGCCACAAAGAGAAGCUCCUUUUACUGAAGCUACUUUGGAGCAUGUGAAUUUGGACAAACCUUCAUCAGUGUCCACACCAUCUUCUGAUUUAUCUAAUCAAGUUGAAGCUGUAAACCAAGCAUCAGAAUUGGUUGAUAAGAUCACUGAGGCAUCUGUUGUUCCUGCCAGAGAAGAUUUGCUGAAUGAAAUUAUCAACAACGAUAAGAGCAACUUUCCCUCUGCUACGGAGCCCAGUGGUGAUCCCCAAGGUCCCAGUGAUAUUGGCUUGGAGGACAGUGCUAAAAAUACUUCUGGUUUGACUACUUACCAGCAAGUCAACGAAGUUGUAACAUUGACAGACCAAGCUGCAGUUGGGGUAGAAGGUCCUGUUAGUGCUGGAAAUGUUGGUGAUCUGGAUAAAUCAUGUCCUGAUGCAUCAGAAAUAGGUGCCAAAAGCCAAGGUUCUUACUCUGUGAAUCCUGGGACUCAGGCUUAUCAGGAACCAGAACAUUCAAACCUAUUGAAUCCUGAUGUUCAUAAAAACUUGACAUCUACUGGAAUUCAGUUUCUCAGGCCAUGUAGUUCCAACCCAGACCAACCUCACAUACCAAAUUCUGGAUUUGACAUGUCGAUGAAUCCUGACUUACAAUCUGAUGCUUCUGCCUUGGGUUCAUUAGAAAUUUCUGGACGAGAGGAUAUUGUUACGCUAGGUGGAGCUUGCCAUGUAACUGAUUAUUCAGAACAAAUUUCGAAGGAAAACCACGUAGAAGAACUUGCUCCAUGUGAAGAUGCUCAUGCAGCGUUCAGCAAACUUCACGGUCAAGUUGAUAAUAUACAUUCAGAGGAUAGGCCACCAGUGGAUAAUUUAAAUAAUUCUGUGGAAUCUGAUAUACCAGCUCCUGAGAAACUACUGUCAGUAGCAGGGCACGCUGCUAUACGCUCAGACAUGCUAGCAGAGGAUAAUCCAUGGGACUUAGAAGGGCUCAAUAAAGAUGAUUCUGGGAGCAAAACAUACUCUGGCAAAAAACGUAGUUUGACUGAAAGCACAUUGACAGAGCACGGUCUGAAUUCAGUUGAAUCUUCAAGGACGGUCCGUUCCAAAAGAACUGUGGAAUUUGUUCCUGAUGACGAUGAUUUGUUGUCUUCUAUUUUAGUUGGAAGAUCUUCAGUUAUGAAAGUAAAGCCAACUCCUGUUGUUUAUGAGGCAACAUCUUUGAAACGUGCUCGCUCUGCUCCGCGCACUGUUGCUGCCAAAAGAAAAGUGCAUAUGGAUGAUACGAUGGUCUUGCAUGGCGAUAUGAUACGCCAACAGCUGAUGAACACUGAGGAUGUGCGUCGUGUCAGAAAGAAAGCUCCCUGUACUGGGCCUGAAAUUUCGAUGAUCCAGAAACAAUAUUUGGAAGAUGAAAUUUUUCUUGAACCUAUAUUUACUGGCUUGUCAAUCGAACUGGCAUCCUUGCACAGUCAAGAAUAUGACUUAAGUAGAAUUCGUAUCUGCAAAAACGAGAUAAAUGGUGCUUCUCUUGAUAAUGUGGCUGAACCCAAUGUCCACAAUGAUGAAAACAAUGCAUUUGUUGAAGAUGUAGCUGAACCAAGGUUAGCUUCCCAAAAUGAUGAAAAUGGUAAAAGGGACAUAAGAAAGGACGAAGGGUCGCAUGGGCCUAAUGUCACAGGGCAAAGUGGGAUGGGAGCAGACACUGAAGUUUUGGUGUAUGGGAAUAAUGAAGUGGGUGGACACAGUGAGAUUCUGGUGACUGAGAGCAUGCUGGAGACAUCCCAUGCCCCGAGUAUAGAAGUUAAUAUCUGUCAAGAGCAGAUAUGUCCUACUUAUUAUGGUGAGGAGCCUGAUGUUUCACAGCAGGAGCUUUUGCAGGAUGUAGUUCAACUAGAAAAAAAUGAAAAUGAAAAAUAUGCUGAUGCAAUAAAUCAUGCUGUUGUUGAGGGAAUUGCGUCUUCAUCCAUCGUUGAUCGCUCUUCAGUUGAUAUGGAUGAUGUUCCAGCUGGUAUGCUUCAGACUGCUGCUUUGAAUGAGACUGGCGAGUCAAACUCUUCCGUGAAUGUGGACGCACUAGCCAAUUCACCUGAUCAGAAGAUAGAUGCACCCUUGGUUGAGUUGGAUAUUUCAGUAGUGGAUGCUAGCAAUGAAAACUCAAUUGGUACAAAUGAAGUUACAGAUAAGAAUGGUGAUAUUAUUGUAGAACAUGAAGCUAAACCUGGCAUAUUGUUAAACGUUCUAUCAGAGGUUGGUGGACAUGGUGCAGCAGUUGCACUGCUACCAGAUUCUAAUAAUGGGGAAUUGGAAUUCAACGUCCGGAGUGGAACUGAUAAUGGUCCAUCUUGUGAACAACAAAUAGUCGUCUCAUUUCCAGCACAGAGCAGUGUGCACUUGGAAGAUGGUUUCCUGAAUGAUGAUGAAAAUUCAAUUCCGAAGGAAGGUUAUCGUCCUAAUAUGACACAUGCAGAAAUCUCUGGUUUGGACUUGCAUGACCGUUAUGACUUGGAUUAUUCUGCCCCGGUUAAUGACACAGAGUUUCUAAAUUUUGAUGAUGAGGAAGUAGCUGAUGAUUAUAUGCCUGAUGCUGAAGAGACUCGCUUAACUGAGAACACUGGGUGGUCUUCACGUACAAGGGCUGUUUCCAAGUAUCUUCAAGUCUUGUUUGAGGAGGAGGCAGAUUAUGGAAGGAAGUCACUUUCCAUGGACAACAUGUUAACUGGUAAAACGCGCAAGGAAGCAUCAAGGAUGUUUUUCGAAGCAUUAGUUCUUAAGACAAGAGACUAUAUACAUGUAGAGCAGAGGAAUCCUGUUGGUGACAUUACCAUUAAACCUCGAAUGAAGCUGAUGAAAUCGAACUUUUAGAAUACUGAACUUGGCUUUUUUCUUGUGGAGAUUAGAUUUCUUACUUCUAAGUAAAUUUUUUGGGGUUCGUACUAGAGAAACCAGGUAGUUGUAGUUGUAACUGUUAAACCUGUAGAUUGUUUCUUGUUAAUGUACAAAUAUGUUGUAUAACUUGCUCAGUAACCAUACUUGUAUAGCAUGGAAAUACUUUCUAUCUUGCCAAUGGAGAUGGUUGGUUAUGCAAUUAAGAUGGAUAAAUGCUUGUUACA